CCCCCGAAGGAGCUGUCGAGCCUGCUGAGCAUCGUGUCGGAGGAGGCGGGCGGCAGCACCUUCGAGGGGCUCUCCAGCGCCUUCCACCACUACUUCGGGAAGGCCGAGCACUUCCGGCUGGGCUCCGUGCUCGUCCUGCUGCUGCAGCAGCCCGACCUGCUGCCCAGCCCCGCGCAGCGCCUCACGGCGCUCUACCUCCUGUGGGAGAUGUACCGCACCGAGCCCCUCGCCGCCAACCCCUUCGCCGCCGUCUUCGCCCACCUGCUGAACCCCGCGCCCGAGCGCGGCGGCGACGAGGCGGAGCGCACCCCGCUCUCAGGCUUCUUACCUCCCAUAACUCCUCCAGAAAAAUUCUUUCUUUCACAACUGAUGUUGGCCCCUCCUAGAGAGCUGUUCAAGAAGACUCCUCGGCAGAUUGCUGCAAUGGAUGUGGGGAACAUGGCCCAGUCAGUGGACAUCAGUGGGCUGCAGCUGGCAUUAGCAGAACGUCAGUCCGAGUUGCCAACACAGAGCAAGGCCAGCUUCCCCAGCAUUCUCAGCGAUCCUGACCCAGAUUCUUCCAACUCCGGUUUUGACAGCUCUGUUGCUUCCCAGAUCACGGAAGCAUUAGUGAGUGGACUAAAGCCUCCUAUAGAAAGUCACUUUCGACCAGAGUUUAUUCGACCACCGCCUCCACUCCAUAUAUGUGAGGAUGAAUUGGCAUGGCUAAAUCCAAUCGAACCAGAUCACACAAUCCAGUGGGAUAAGUCAAUGUGUGUUAAGAACAGCACUGGAGUUGAGAUAAAAAGAAUCAUGGCAAAAGCUUUUAAAAGUCCUUUGACUUCCCCACAGCAAACACAGCUCCUUGGAGAACUGGAAAAGGACCCCAAGCUUGUUUACCAUAUUGGUCUCACUCCUGCCAAAUUGCCAGACCUGGUUGAGAACAAUCCUUUAGUAGCUAUAGAAAUGUUGCUAAAACUAAUGCAGUCUAGUCAAAUAACAGAGUAUUUUUCUGUCUUGGUCAACAUGGACAUGUCCUUACAUUCAAUGGAAGUUGUAAAUCGGCUUACUACUGCAGUUGAUCUCCCACCUGAAUUUAUUCAUCUUUAUAUCUCCAAUUGUAUCUCCACCUGUGAACAGAUUAAAGACAAAUAUAUGCAGAACCGCCUGGUCCGUCUUGUUUGUGUCUUUCUUCAGUCUUUAAUCAGAAACAAAAUUAUUAAUGUACAGGACUUGUUUAUAGAAGUGCAAGCAUUCUGCAUUGAGUUCAGUCGGAUACGAGAAGCAGCUGGUCUUUUCAGAUUGCUGAAGACACUGGACACUGGGGAAAAUCCAUCAGAAACAAAACCAUCAAAAUAAAGUGACUGUCAGUGGCAAAAAAA